AUGCACGACGCCCACGAUGCCCACGCCGGCAUUAAGUACCCCAUGAGGCCGCACCACCAGGCCCAUCUGUCGGGCACCCGCUCGUCGGGCCUGUACUCGCCCCAGGACCAGCAGCAGCACCAACACCAGCAGCAGCUCCAGCAACAACAGCUCCAGCUCCAGCAGCUGCAGAACCAGCACCAGCAGCAGCCGUCGUCCGCUGCCCAGCGCUACUCGCCCAUGGACACGCUGUCGCCCACGUCGCCCUACCAAAAGGCCUACACCAGCUCGCCCUCGCAGCAGACGCCGCCCAACGCCGACUACUCGAGCAGCCCGUACUUUGUUGGUCGCCAGCCCCAGCUGCCCCCCAUUUCCUCCUACUCCCACGAUGGCUACCCCUCGUCUGCCGUGGCCACGCUCGACGGCUCCUUUAGCGACAACAAGGCCCCUCGCCGCCAGAAUCCCCCCAUGAUGAAGACGGUGCCCGAGUUCAAGAAGAUCAAGUCGCCCGCCGAGCUGCAGCCCAAGAACACGAGACAGCCGCGCUUCAGGCGAGCAAACCCAGAGGGAGGCUUCAUUAGUCCUCUCCAAGCAUUGACGCUGCACCUGCCUGCCACGUACCGCAUUUGCAACCCGAGCUUCAAGUACGAGUCAUCGCGGAACCCUCGCCGAGUCCUGACGAAGCCCAGCAAGGGCACCAAGAACGAUGGCUACGACAACGAGGAUAGCGAUUACAUCCUUUACGUGAACGACAUUCUGGGCUCUGAAGAAGCCGGCCACAAGAAUCGCUAUCUCAUUCUCGAUGUGCUGGGCCAGGGUACCUUUGGUCAGGUCGUCAAGUGUCAGAAUCUCAAGACGCAAGAGGUCGUGGCCGUCAAGGUUAUCAAAAACCGCACCGCCUACUUCAACCAGAGUAUGAUGGAGGUGUCUGUGCUCGACUUGCUCAAUACGAAGCUCGACAAAAACGAUGACCACCAUCUUCUCCGACUGAAAGACACCUUUAUCCACCGACAGCAUCUUUGCCUCGUCUUCGAGCUGCUCAGCGUCAACCUGUACGAACUUAUCAAGCAGAACCAGUUCCGCGGUCUCAGCACGACUCUGGUCCGCGUGUUCGCCCAGCAGCUUCUGAAUGGCCUCGCCCUUCUCAACAAGGCUCGGCUGAUUCACUGCGAUUUGAAGCCAGAAAACAUUUUACUAAAGAAUCUUGAGAGCCCAAUCAUCAAGAUUAUCGAUUUUGGCUCGGCAUGCGACGAGCGCCAGACGGUCUACACUUAUAUCCAGUCCAGAUUCUACCGAUCCCCCGAGGUCUUGCUGGGCUUGCCGUACUCGUCCGCCAUCGACAUGUGGUCGCUGGGCUGUAUCGUGGUGGAGCUGUUCCUCGGACUUCCCCUCUUCCCCGGCUCAUCAGAGUACAACCAGAUUGCUCGAAUCGUCGAGAUGCUUGGCAAUCCCCCCAAUUGGAUGAUUGACAUGGGCAAGCAGGGCCUCGAGUUUUUCGAGCGGCGGCAGGAUGAAUUUGGCAGGCGGACAUACCACAUGAAGAGCAUGGAACAGUAUUCGCGGGAGCACAACACCAAGGAACAGCCUAGUAAGAAGUACUUCCAGGCUAAUACGCUGCCCGAGAUUAUCAAGUCGUACCCCAUGCCCCGCAAGAAUAUGAAGCAGAGCGAGAUCGACCGAGAGAUGAACAAUCGCAUCGCCUUCAUCGACUUCGUCAGGGGUCUGCUUAACAUCAACCCUCUAGAGCGGUGGUCGCCACAGCAGGCAAAACUUCACCCCUUUAUUACACAACAAAAGUACACUGGGCCUUUUGUCCCGCCAAUGAACUUGAAGUCGAGCUCCCUCAACCGAUCACCAGCUCCCGGCACCCAGCAACAGCAGCAAGCCGAGGCCCUCAGCAAGCAACGAGCCGCGCAGGCGCAAGCUCAGGCUGCUCAGGCCCAGGCCCAGGCACAAGCCCAAGCCCAGGCGCAAGCCCAGGCUCAGGCUCAAGCGCAAGCUCAGGCCCAGGCCCAGGCCCAGGCCAAUUCAGCGCAAAACGCAUAUGGUGGACAGUACCAGGCCUCUGGCCACGUACCAGCUCCUUUGUAUUCAAACAGCGCCGUCUAUAACCCUGGCGCUGCCCACGGAAGCGUCCCCCCUCAGUACGGGCCACCCCAAACCGGCCAGUACGGUCAAAUGGUCAUGUCGCAGCCUCCUCAGCAGCUCCAAUCGUCGCAAUACUCGAACCCCUCACAGCCUAACAUGUACCAGCAAGGUGGCAUGAGAACGAAUAGGCAGCGGGCUUCGACCAUGGAGCAGCAACAAAGCGGCAUCCCUCCUGCGCUUCAACGAGUCGCAAGCCACCUUGACCCGAGCCAACCCAUUCGACUUCAGCCUAGCCCGGCAUACUAUCCACCAACUGGCGAGGGAUUGGAUAACGCACCAGGUCGCGCUGGCAGACGAGGCAGCCGGGUCCAACAGGGAGGUGCCCGCAGCAACCGGGACUUUAUUCGGAACCUGGAAGAGCGAACAUUGGAAGAAGGCUUUAUGGGCAACCAGAACCCGUGGCAUUGA